AUGACAAUGACCAUCCUGCGCAACACGGCCAUGGUCAAGUCCCUGCUCCUGGUGGUGUUGGGGCUCACCUUCCUGAGGGAGGUGGCAGCUCGAAAAAACCCAAAAGCAGGGGAUGCUGCCUUGUGCCCUCCUCUGGAGGGUAACAGUGUGAGGGUUGACAUCCGCAUCCUCAGGCAAAACCAGGGUAUUUCCAUCUCAAAUGAUUUCCAGAACCGCUCCAGCUCCCCCUGGGAUUAUAACAUCACCCGGGACCCCCACCGGUUCCCCUCGGAGAUCGCGGAGGCCCAGUGCAGGUACUCGGGCUGCAUCAAUGCCGAGGGGCAGGAAGACAGCUCCAUGAAUUCGGUUCCCAUCCAGCAGGAGUUCCUGGUCCUGCGGAGGGAGCCCCAGAGCUGCACUCGCUCCUUCAGGCUGGAGAAAGUGCUGGUGACGGUGGGCUGCACCUGUGUCACCCCCAUCGUGCGCUAUGUGCGUGCCUGAACGUCAGCUUGGCUGAAGAAGCCCUGAAAUACCACUCCCAGCGCUCUGCAGCAAGUCCUCUGUGGUCCUGAUUCUCUCCACUUCAUCGGCCUCUUGAUAAGACCUGGGCGGAAUUCUCAGAGCUCUGUAUUAGAUAGAGUGUCAACUUUCUGGGGGCGCUUCCAGACCAUAGAGCUGUUCCACUGUCCCAAACCCUUGAAAAUGGAUGGCGGAGAAGGAAGGCGCGCAUAGCCCUGCCGUCGCUGUGAUUCGGUGCCGUUCCCGGGAAAUUCUGUUGCAAAUUCUGUUCCCUGUGGAUGAAGAUGCAGAAAAUGU